AUGGAUGUUUUGGGCGGCUGGGGACAGCAAAUCUGGCUGCAGUGCACAGCCCAGACAGUAGCAGACUUCACAACCUUCACAGAGGUCCAGGCUCCGGCUCCUUUGUGGCUGAAUUUGCAUGAAGCCACGGCCACCACGAUGAGGGCAAAGUAUCGCCUUGGUUACAUCAUUGAUGAGACAGCGACGUGCGAUUGCGCGACCUUGUCAUUGGAGCUGCGGUCAGAUGACUCGGACGUCACAACCUAUGACAGCUCUUUCAGCUAUCGCCAGGACCAGGUGGCGCGCCUCGGUGAUCGGGCGAGGCCCGAGACAACCGAAGAAGAUCGACGAAGAUUUCAGCAAAGUCCUUUCAUGCAGCGAAUGCGGGAGAUUGAUGAGAAAGCUUGGCAGCAGUUCAGCGAGCGGGACAAGAAGCGAUCUCAAACAGACCCCAGCUUCACCCCCAAAGAUACAGACUUCGAAGCGCCAAAGUCUUUCAAGUAUGACAAGACAGUGAACUACUACAAGACCCUCGGAGUUGAGGAGUAUGCAACCAAUGAUGAGAUCAAGAAGGCGUACCGAAAGCUUUCGCUGAACUACCAUCCUGACAAGCAGACUAACAAGUCCCAGGAGGAAAAGGACGAAGCCGCAACAAUCUUCAUGGAAAUCAAGAACGCGUACAAGCUUCUUGCUGACGAUCCAACACGACGUCAGUACGAUUUUGAGCGUGAUCGCGAUCUCGUCAGUGCACAGAGUCAUGGAAAGAAACCUCAAGAAAAGAACGGUUUUGAUGCCGGAGAGGCGCUGCAAAGAAUGCUGCAAAAGGCCAAGGAGAACAAGAAGCUCCCGAGUGAGAUCAUCACGGUGCCAGUGCACUGUAGGAUUGAGAAGUUUGUCUUCGGGGGCCAGAAGACACUGAAGCGCAGCAGACUGGUCAAGGACAAAAGCUACGGAGGCUUCAACGAGGAGGUGAAGACCUUUCGAAUUGAUGUCCCAGCUGGUGUUGAGCAACCCUGGAGCGUUGACUUCAGGAGGCAAGGCGACCAGCAUGAGGGCAGAGAAGCGGACACGAUUCGUUUUCUGUUCUCUGCAAAGCCACAUCUCUGGCUGGAUCGAGAUGGUCAGGACAUUAAGCUGAGGGAGGCCAUCCAGCUGGGCUCGGAGAUGCGAUCUGAGGCAUACAUGUCUGCCUCCAUCUCGCCUUUCGCAGGCCGCCACAUUUUCCUAUGGGGCCGGAAUCCUUUCCAUGGCUCAACAGCGGUGGCUGAAGAAGGCCAGGUGUCCGUACAGCUGCAGGGUCUGGGCCUGGGAACCGGGGCUUUGGCUUUAGUGCUGAAGCUGGGCCUCGGGCAAAGGGCCGACAGCCACCAGCUGCAUGUGCCCCCAGGGCCGCCGGCUGGCAGGCAACAGUUCAUGGAACGCUUUGGUUUGGCUCCUUCCGGUGGCUUCAGUGCACCUGCUCCAGGUGCUGGGAGCAUGUUGUGGACUUUACUGGAGCGACGUCAAUGCCGACGAGAGAUGCAGGAGAAGCCCACGGCUGAUAUCACGCUCAGGCAAUUGGGACAACCUGUCCGACUAUUCACAAAGCCGCCCAGUACUCUGACAUUUCUGGCCAGCACAGCUCCAAAGUAUGAGCUUUUCGCAGUCAGUCUCGACUGCCCAGCAUGUGGCAAGAAGAAGGCUUCUGCCGAUUGGGAUAGACUCAAAGCACGUCUGACCACUGUGCUGCAAGAGACAGCAUUUAUUCUUCUUGAGCAGGCGCGGAAAUCGCGCCCUCGGUCUCUCCUAGCAAAGCCGACUUUUGAUGACAGGAUUGCACUUGCAAGAGGAGACCGCCCCAUGCCGUGGAAGAGCAUUGGUGACCAGGCUUUCAAGCAAGGCAGUUACUGGAUUGCGUGUGCGGUGUAUGCCAAGCGUCUUGAUGAGCUACGGGUCGUCAUCCGUGUGCAGACAGAGAACGGCGAAGAGGGGGAAGAAGAGGAGGUGAUUGACGUAAGCGGACAGCGUGGCCCGGACCUAGUGCCAGAGGCUGCGAAGGUGCUUUCCAAUCGUGCAGCCUGCCUCAUCAAGGUGCAUGACUACCUUGCUGCUGUGGCUCACGCACGGAAGGCCACAGAGCUGGCACCACGAUGGGCCCGAGCCUGGAGCCGCCUGGGACAGGCGGCCUGGGAGCUUGGGGAUCAUUUCCGAGCUGAGGCGGCCCAGGCCUACGCGAAGUCAGUCGAGAUGGAUCCACUGCCCUCCACAGUUCAGGCAUUGCAGAGCAGCGUCUUGCAGCUGCAUGGGCCCAACCCAGAUGCAGCGCAUGCAGCCAAGGAGAAAGGAAACGAGGCCAUCCGCACUGGUCAAAUUGGGUUGGGCAUUGCUCUCUAUACUCAAGGCAUUGCACAGCUGCCGCCACCCGGGUCGGAUGAGCCUGACCGUCCGGAUGCUCAUGCGCUGCUUCGGGGGGUGCUUUUCACCAACCGGUCAGGAGCAUUCUCACGAGUUCGCAGCUGGGACGCAGCAGUUUUGGAUGCCAAGGAAGCUGUGGCGGCGCAACCUGGCCUGUCCAGUGCCCACUCCCAGCUCGGAGUUGCCUUGCUUGGCAGCGGCUUCCACCAGGAAGCUUAUAUACAGUUUGCCAAGGGCGUGCAGCUGAACUCAGAGCACAAGCCCUCCAUCAAAGGCCGGAACACCUGCCUCAAGGAGAUGUUAGCCUGGAAGUCAGCAUCUGCAACAGCACGGUACCAGAACCGAUUCUGGUUGGACCUGCGAAGGACCAAGGGAUCCACAAGGAUUUUUGCGAUUUCCGAUCUGCACUUUGACCAAAAAUGCAACGAAGAUUGGGCCCAUGCAAUUGACGACAUAGCUUUUCUGGACGAUGUCCUCAUUGUUGCUGGGAAUGUUGCCGACACCAAGGUUGGCAUGGUAAGGGCUCUCACAACACUCAAAUCCAAGUUUCGCAGGGUCUUCUACACCGUUGGAAACCACGAAAUGCAAAUCAGCAGUUCUGAGUUUGCGAAGUACCCAGACUCCAUUGCGAAGCUUUCUGAGAUUUUUACUGCAUGCGACGAGUUGGGCAUUGACGUUUUUCCCGCCCCAGUAUGUGAGGGUGUUCUGGUCGUACCGCUACUUUCGUGGUGCAGUGCCGAGUUUGAUCACGAGGAUCCAUUUCCAGAUCCCAACUCCAACUUCAAUCGCCGCUGCUCGUGGCCAAUGGAUCCGGACUUGCAGGUCUGGAAGUACAUGAUGAAGCUGAAUGAAUCCUUCCUUAGCUUCCAGGGUUACGACACUGUGAUCACGUUCUCCCACUUCCUCCCACGACAGGGGCUGCCGUUUGACAAGACAAGGAAAAAUGCUGUCAAAGCGGUUGGGUGCGACAUGAUUGAUGAGCAGGCUCGUGCGCUCAAGAGUAAGCUGCAUGUCUACGGGCACGGACGUGUGAGAUACGCACAAAUGCAUUCCGGUGUGCGGUAUGUGAGCCCGCCAAUCGGGUUCGAAGCAGACUGGCCAAAGGAUCAUGCUCCACGCCUCAUGCUGGUGCACAAUGGAAAGAGCCUGUGCAUGCAGGAAUGGGGUGCUGAUGAUGAGCCUCCCCUUGGCUAUGUCAAGCGCCUUUUGAACUUGACUUUCUACACGAUGCCUGGCUUGCGUGAGAGCGAGCUGCGAAAAUUCCAGAACACCACGGCGAGGCACAACACGUUUCCUGGGAUUUCUUGCUCGUUUGAUCGCUUGGGCAGUAAGAACCAAGACAAGGAUGCACUAUCAAAGGAUGCCUUUCCAGACAUGGGUCAGUUGAGCAAGGAUGCAACACAUGUGAUGAUCACGGUGGCCGACCGUUUAGAAAAUCUGAAGGAAUUCUUCAAGAGUGAUGCGUUUGCAAAGGACUGGGUAGCAGCAGUGUCCCCUCAUGCUCGUUACACGGUGUCCUUCACCAGCCCGCUUGGCUUGGAUCUUGUGCAUGCAAAGAAGCGGGAUCCAACACUGGUUGUUUAUGGCUUGCGUUUAAGCGAUACCGUCAAGGAAGAUGGCGAUGAGUAUGGGAAGAUGCAGAAGGCAGUCGAAGCCAUCAACAAGCUCCCAGGCAUUGACGGCAAGAUUGCAGUGUCCUUGCAUCCCAUGGGCUUUGGGCGCUUCUCGCAUAGUGAGCUUUUGGAAGAACUCGGUGAGCGAAAUGACAAGAGUUGCGGCCUCACUCAUUGCUUCACCGUGCUUGUGGAUGAUCCUUCGAGCUACAAGAUGCUGGCUCAGAGCAAAACCUUCGCCAAGUGGAAGGCUUCCUACGAGCCUUACCUCAAUGGUCGUAGUCCGAGUGUGAUGGCUUUUGCACUGCCGCUGGACAUUGCGGCAACAGCCGCAGCGCCCAAACCUCCCAAAGGGACAAAGGGCAGCAAUGGUUUUUCCAAGUCCAAGUGA